AUGUUUAAGAUGCGUACGCUCGUAUGUGCAACUUUCCUCAUCCUCCACCUCUCGUUUUCCAUGCCAGUGAUAUGUUCCCCCUCCGGUGCCCCGCAUUACCAGUCUAUUUUUAGCUUUGGCGACUCCUUAGCCGACACCGGCAACGGCCCUGUCAUCUUCCCACAGUUCUCCAUCUUCAACCCGGUCACACGACCUCCUUAUGGGAGCACCUUCUUCGGUCGCCCCAGUGGCCGAGACUGCGAUGGCCGGCUCAUCAUCGACUUCAUUGCUGAGAACUUGGGCUUGCCAUAUGUGCCCGCCACCCAAGCUCACAACGGCAGCUUCCAUCAAGGAGCAAACUUCGCUGUUGCCGCUGCCACCACUCUGGACGCCAGUUUCUACCACGAGAGGGAUAUCCCCGGUGCGCCCAGCAAGUUCCCCCUCAACACCAGCUUAGGCGUGCAGCUCGAGUGGUUCGAGUCCAUGAAGCCCUCCUUGUGCCGUACAGACCGAGAGUGCAAGGAAUUCUUUGGUAGUUCCCUCUUCUUCGUGGGAGAAUUCGGCGUCAACGACUAUCACUUCUCGUUCCAAAAGAAAACGGUACAGGAAGUCAGGUCCUUGGUUCCAGAUAUCGUGGCAACCAUUUCCAUGGCCAUCGAGAGGCUGAUCACCGAGCAUGGCGCGCGAAGCCUUGUGGUUCCCGGGGUGAUCCCGUCAGGAUGCUCACCGCCGAUUCUUACCAAGUUCGCCGAGGCCUCACCAGCAGCAUACGACUCCAAAACUGGUUGUCUGAAAGCUUACAACGAGCUGGGGAUGCACCACAACUCGCUGCUGCAGGCUGCCUUGUCCAAACUCCAGGCCAAGCACCGGAACGUCAGGAUCAUCUACGCCGAUUAUUUCGGCCCUGUGAUGGACAUGGUGGUGUCGCCUCACAUGUUUGGUUUUCAAAAUGUACUUUCUGUGUGCUGUGGAGGACCUGGAAGGUACAUGUACAAUGCAUCAGUUCGAUGUGGCGAUGCAGCUGCAACAACAUGCGUUGAUCCCUCUGCUCGUCUGUACUGGGCUGGCGUCCAUUUGACCGAGGCGGCUAACAGAUACAUUGCAGGCCGCUGGCUGAACAAGAUAAACUCACUGACAAGACCCAGCAGCAAGGGUGGAAAGUGA